CGUCGCUGUCCCGAAUUCCCAUACACCCAUUGUACCCACCGUACCAUGUCAGGAAUACAGUGAUAAAACAAAGUUGGCGGAACCGGUGAUACGAACGAGCGCACAACAAACUACGAGCGCCUAGCAUGCCAUGAGAAAAAGCGAAAUGAAUUCGAAAAGUAUGAUUAGUAUGAAAACAAAGGUGCGCGAGGCGACAAACAAUGCCGUAGUACUAAAAUUGAGAAGUGUCGAACGAUAAUGGAAUAUGUGUUUUCGUUCGAUUUCGGCAGUGGGAUUGAAAACAGUUUUUGGAUUUUAGUGGUUUUGCCAGCUGUUGUACAAUGUGGACUUUUGAGUGCGUGGAUUUCAGUAAUCGCUACCCGGAGCCCUCGCGCUAUGGAACUGAGUGCCGCCCAACGUUGUUCCUAAAACCCCCGACGACCCGCUGACCUCGGCCAUGGGCACCGACGGCGAAAAGAGCAAACACAACCCCGACGGGGACAACCUCAAGUCGUUGCUGAAGAAGACGGGCAAGCGGGACGGCACCAAAAAGCCGAACCGCGUCGUCUUCAACGAAACGAAGAACGAAUUCUUCGACGCCGACUACAUCAUCCUCAUAAGGGAGGAAUGCGAGUUCGACGACGAGGACGACGACAGCGUAUGCACGUGCUACCAGCACGAGAUGGUGAGGCUGACGUGCUGCGAGCCGGACUGCGACUGCGCCGUCUUCGAGGAGGUCGUCGAGCACCAGCCGCAGAGCCCCAAGUUCGCGCCGCCCAUGGAGUUCGUCGACGCCGUCACGCUGAGCCCGCCCGAGGGGUACAAGGAUAUGGAGCUGGAGGAGCGUCAGGAGAUGAUGGCGUACAAGCAGAUGCGGAGGGCGCAGCAGCGGACGGCCGUCUGCAGGGAGUGCAGCGCCAGUCAGGAGCACGACGGAGAUAAAGGUGAUAGCUGUGAACCAAAUAGUGAUAAUAAUAAGCCAAAGAUAGAUUUAGAAGAUGAAGAAGACGAAAAAGAGAAAAUUGACCAGAGUCAACAAACUACUCCUACCUCUCCCAACAAUUCAGAUCUACAAAAAUCUGUUUAUUCAUAUUCACAGAAAACGGAUUCAACGUCAGACGACGACUCUUCCACUACGAGAACCGUCCGGUUCAUUGAGGAAGAGAAGAAAGACAGCUGCAAGACGUCCCCCGAAGCAGACUCGACUUUCCAAGUCGCUCGCAAAGAAGGAGAAGAAGUAGACGAACCGCCUAGCAGGAACGGAAGCCCUGCCUCCGAGGCUACGGAGAUGAUGCUGACGUUCAAACUGGGCAACCACGUGCUCAUCUCCAACAAUAGCUUGAAGCCGAACUCUGCCGUUAGGCAGUUGUUCCCUUGCACGAAGCCGCUGACGCAGAAAGAAGAAGAACAGCAGUAUCUGGUGACUGCGGAGUCACUAAGGGCGUUCGAAGAGGCAAAACGUUCGAAGCUGCCUCAGAUAAUCCAGAGCGCGGGAACUAACGACUCCAUCAAGCGGGUGAUCGAGAGGAACACUCUGAGGAGGUCGCUGGUGAGGUACGAACCGAAGAGCAGGAAGAAUAUUCAAAAGACUGAUAACUCACUGGUGGAGCGCAUUAAACAGCUGACGUGCGAUAUCGACGAAGGGAACCAAAAUUCGGACGAAUUGUCAGCGAGGGUUAGCCCCACAGGAGAGGAGGGAAGCAACGCGGUUGAUACUAGUCAGAUACCCAACAAAUGCAAGGAACGCAACUUCUCUCCAUCGUCAUCUUCCACAACUAGCUCGAACUCGUCCUCGAUGUCUUCCACCUACCGAAAAAUCACCGACCUCUUCGGUAAACGAGGGGACAAAUCUCUGGAACCCCUUACGCACAACGUUACCUACGAACCGAAAGCGGUCCAGACCCAAACGUUACCGGACCUGGGCGGUCCGUUUCACCAGGAAGUCGUGGAAAAGACGGUCCCGAAAGGCGUCAUUCCCAACAACGAGAGCAGGAAGCAGUUUUUGUCUACUCUAGCUCCUCUGACUGCUUGCGUGAGCAACGUCGGUCAUCCCGACGAUCACUAUUAUCGUCUGAGCAACCACGGUUCAGUUGGAAGUUCGACUGGGAGCGAGUAUACAUUGGAAGAUAUUGACGAGGCGUUAGCGAAUGAGGAGAAUAAGAAGAUCACCCCAGAUGUUCUCGCUGGUACCCCAGCGUCCGAGUCUGGAGAUGAGCUUGUGGUUUUUGUCCAGCAGGAUGCCAACAGAAUAGAGAGGAUCAAGAAAAAGUAA